CCCCGGGGAGUGCGAGGAGCCGGCGAGCGCGCGGCCUGCCGUUGGCGGGCUCGUCCGCCGUGCCCGGCACCCACCCGCCCCGAAGGUGGGGCCCAAGCCCCCGGGAAGAUGGUGUCCUGGAUGAUCUCCAGAGCCGUGGUGUUGGUGUUUGGCAUGCUUUAUGCUGCAUAUUAUUCAUACAAAGCUGUGAAAACAAAAAACGUAAAGGAAUAUGUUCGAUGGAUGAUGUACUGGAUUGUUUUUGCUCUCUAUACUGUGAUUGAAACAGUAGCAGAUCAAACGGUUGCUUGGUUCCCCCUGUACUAUGAACUUAAGAUUGCUUUUGUCAUAUGGCUGCUCUCUCCCUAUACCAAAGGAGCAAGUUUAAUAUAUAGAAAAUUCCUUCAUCCACUUCUUUCUUCAAAGGAAAGGGAGAUUGAUGAUUAUAUUGUACAAGCAAAGGAACGAGGCUAUGAGACUAUGGUGAACUUUGGGCGGCAAGGUUUAAACUUAGCAGCUACUGCUGCUGUCACUGCAGCAGUUAAGAGCCAAGGAGCAAUAACUGAAAGUUUAAGAAGUUUCAGUAUGCAUGACUUAACAGCUAUUCAAGGUGAUGAGCCCGUGGGACAAAGACAAUAUCAAACUCUACCAGAAGCAAAAAAGAAAAGUAAACCAGCAUCCAGAUCAGCAGGUUAUGGAAUUCCACUGAACGACGGAGAUGAGAAGACGGAUGAAGAAGUGGAUGGAAUGUUUUCAGAUGAUGAGACGUUGACGCACAAAGGGCUUCGAAGAUCACAAAGCAUGAAAUCUGUGAAAACCAUCAAAGGCCGCAAAGAGGUGCGGUAUGGGUCACUAAAAUAUAAAGUGAAGAAGAGACCACAGGUGUAUUUUUAGCCGCCUGCACUUCAAGAAUCCCAAGACAAAUUACGCUAAUACAUCAACUUCAUUUUCAAACAUUAUAUAUUCAGGAUUUACACAUUAAAAUAAUAGUUUAAAUUAUAGCAGUGAUAGGGUUUACUUUCAUUGAUUUAAAUACUUUUUAUUUCUUUAACAAUUACUUCCAAAUUGACUACUUAAAGAUAGUUAUGUAAAGUUUAUUAAUGUGUAUAUCAAAAAUUAUAGGAAAUCUUUUAAUCUGUUUUAAAUUCAACAAUAUCAAAUG